CUGGUUAACAGCAUUCAUUUGAGAGGCAGAAGGAGCUCAGCUGCAAGAUGGGCAUGCAAAAGGUUCUGCUGGAAAAAAUAGCUCAUGCUUUACAGAUUCGUAACAAACUGCUGCGACAAGGACUGGCAGAAUGCCUGGGCACACUUAUACUGGUGAUGUUUGGCUGUGGUGCGGUGGCUCAACUAAAGCUCAGUGAUGGAACUCAUGGAAUCUUCCUUGCUGUGAACUUAGCCUUCGGUUUUGCAGCGACACUUGGAAUUUUGGUGUGCGGCCAAGUCUCAGGAGGUCAUCUAAAUCCAGCUGUAACCUUUGCUGUCUGCCUUCUUGGAAGAGAAAAAUGGAGAAAAUUCCCAGUGUACUUCCUCUUCCAGACUUUGGGUGCCUUUUUGGGGGCUGGUAUCAUCUACGGCAUGUACCAUGAUGCUUUCAUGAUGGAAUAUGACAAGACCAAGCAGCUUCCAAUCGGAAUUUUUGCUACUUAUCCCAGCGAGCACCUCAGUCUUGCCAACGGCUUUUUUGAUCAGGUGAUUGGCACUGCUGCACUAAUAGUUUGUAUCCUAGCCAUUGUGGACCCAUACAACAACCCUAUCCCACAAGGACUCGAGGCUUUCACUGUGGGAUUCACUGUACUGGUCAUUGGGUUAUCCAUGGGCUUCAACUCUGGAUACGCCGUAAACCCUGCCAGAGAUUUCGGACCUCGUCUUUUCACUGCCAUUGCAGGCUGGGGUACACAAGUCUUCACGCUUGGACACUACUGGUUCUUCGUGCCCAUCUUUGCUCCAUUCAUUGGUAGCAUCAUCGGAGUGCUUGUGUACCAGCUGAUGGUGGGUAUCCACGUAGAAGGAGAGGCACGGGACAAAAAGAAAGCAAAUGAGGACAAUGUUAAACUUAACGAUAUGAAUGAUGCUUGAGCUUCCUGAGCUGGUUUUACUGACAUGUCAACUACCACUCAUGAUUUAGAAGGUUAUCGGUCAUGACGCAACUUUAACUGAUAUUUCUGAGCAUCCUGUAUGGAAUUUUAAUAUCAAACGCCGCUCAUGAAACAGGUGUAGAUGAGGAGUGCUGAAGAACACCUGCCAAUGAAUUACAACUUUUAGUAGUACUUUCAAUUCUGACAUAUCCAUUUGUUUGUGCAUUUGUUUUCUCUGUGUGUAUUCGAGAUGUAAAAGGAAGCCCUCUUUGUCAUGAAUUAUAUUAAUUCUGGAAAAGAAAGUGGUCAUGAAAAUGGAAGUCCGAUCAUACAGAGCAACACGUCACAACUGUUGUAUUUACUUUAUGUUUUGUAUAAUUUUUUAAUACUUUUUUGUAUUAUCCACACCAGGAGGAUUGCAAACAGACUUAAGCUGUUGACUUUUGUUUAGCCAGAUAUAUGCAUACACACGAUUCAUUCUUGUAUAUAUAUUGACACAUAUAUUUUUAUAGUCAGCAUCUUUUAAGGCAGGAAACCUGAAUGUGUCCUAUGUAAGUUUCACGUUAGUUUGUAAUGUUACAGCCCUUGUAAAAUAUUGCUUGCUUUUUAUACUAUGUGAUAGAAUUUGUCAAUAUUGCUUUUAUUUGGCACCAAGUCAUUUCACUUAUUAGCAAAAAAAGUGAUUAAAAUAAAGGUAUGACAAGUGUUACCGGCUGUGGUUCACUGCCUUCACUCACAGCUGGUAAAAUAGCAGUCAAGUCUGCAUGGCAUUGUACUUUUAUGUAUCAACAGAGCCUUUAAUAUUUCUAUGUUUAUUAUGAGUCAAAUAGAGAUUUCUGUUAAUAUUGAUGUAUUUGCAAUCAUGUACGAAUUCACCUUAAUAAAAAAGCUUAAAAACA